UUAAGCAGUGAAAAAACAUUUCUAGGUCAACCCUUUGAGUUGGAAAAUGAUAAAACUCGUUCUCAAACAGGAAGAGUCUAAACACAGAGAGCCGCCUGGUUUUGCUUUAUGCGUUAUAACUAUGCUGAUUUCUCGUGUUUAGUGGAUGUCUAAACACUUCUCUAAUCCACCUGCGAACACCUCACUGUGCGCUUUAUUAUGACAACUUUAAAUUCUAUAAAACCUCACCGAGCUAAUGUACUUCAAAACCUUGCUUCCUCUAUAAGAGCCUCUCAGUCUCAACCGGCAAAACUAUGUAGCCAAAAUGCCCAAAAUUUCAUCGAUGCCCGAAUCGUCAAAACGGGUUUUGAUCCAAGCACGUGUCGCUCAAACUUCCUGGUCGGAAGUCUUGUUAAAAGAGGCGAGUUAGUUGAAGCACGUAAAAUGUUUGAUCAAAUGCCUAACAAAAACACAGUUUCGACAAACAUGAUUGUUUCGGGCUACGUGAAAUCAGGCGACCUUGCAAGCGCUAGAGAGUUGUUUGAUAGCAUGGUUGAACGAACGUCUGUGUCAUGGACAAUUUUGAUUGGUGCCUAUUCGCAGCGUAAUCAAUUCGGAGAAGCUUUUAAGUUUUUUGUUGAUAUGCGCCGAGGUGGCUUUGCCCCUGAUGAUGUGACCUUUGCAACUUUGUUAUCGGGAUGUAAUGACCCGGAUACGGCAAAUGAAGUUAUUCAAGUUCAUGCUAACAUAGUUAAGUUUGGUUAUGAUUCGACCCUUGUCGUCUGCAAUUCUUUAGUUGAUUCUUAUUGCAAGAUUCAUCGCCUUGAUUUGGCUCGUCGGGUUUGUAAGGAAAUGCCUGAAAAGGAUUCUGUUAGUUUCAAUGCAUUGAUAACGGGACACGCAAAAGAAGGAUUGAAUGAAGAAGCUAUAAGAAUCUUCAUUGAGAUGCAACAUCUGGGGUAUAAGCCUUCUGACUUUACUUUUGCUGCGGCUUUAUGUGCCGGCAUUGGCUUAGGUGAUAAACUAUUAGGGCAAUUGAUCCAUUCUUUUGUGGUGAAGACUAAUUUCGUUGGGAAUGUGUUUGUGGGGAAUGCUUUGCUUGAUUUCUACUCUAAGUGUGACUGUGUAGUUGAAGCUAGGAAGCUUUUUGAUGAAAUGCCAGAGGUGGAUUGUGUUUCUUACAAUGUGAUAAUUACAUGCUAUGCAUGGAAUGGAGAACACAAAGAAUCACUCAAGCUUUUCAGGGAAUUACAGUUAAUUAGAUUUGAUAGGAGACAAUUUCCAUAUGCAACCUUGUUGAGUAUAGCAGCAAAUAUGGUAGAAUUGGAAAUUGGUAGGCAGGUCCAUACUCAGGCCAUUGUGACAACAGCCAAUUCUGAAGUUCAAGUUGGAAAUUCUUUGGUUGACAUGUAUGCCAAAUGUGGCAAAUUUGAGUCGGCCAGAAAGAUAUUUGCAACACUAAGCGAUAAAAGUAGCGUUCCAUGGACAGCUAUAAUCUCGGGUUAUGUACAGAAAGGACUGUUUGAAGAAGGCCUAAAACUGUUCAAGCAGAUGCGUAUGGUGGAUGUAAGUGUCGACCAAGCCACUUUCGCUAGCAUCUUCAAAGCUUCUGCAAAUUUAGCUUCAUUGUCGCUAGGGAAACAGCUACACUCCUUUGUUAUUAGAUCGGGUUUUAUGACAAAUGUGUUUUCUGGUAGUGCACUCUUGGAUAUGUAUGCGAAAUGUGGAUCAUUAAAACAUGCAAUUCAAACUUUCCAAGAGAUGCCUGAAAGGAAUAUAGUCUCUUGGAAUGCGUUGAUAGCGGCUUAUGCACAAAAUGGAGAUGGGCAGGGCAGUCUCAGAUCAUUUGGAGAGAUGAUUCAUUCAGGAUAUCAACCAGAUCCAGUUAGCUUCCUCACAGUGUUGUCUGCUUGCAGCCACUGUGGGCUUGUUGAAGAAGGAUUACAUUACUUCAAGUCCAUGACUCAAACAUACAAACUGAUGCCAAAAAGAGAACACUAUGCAUCUAUAAUUGAUGUGUUGUGCCGGGGAGGACGCUUUGAUGAAGCAAAGAAGUUGAUGGCUGAAAUGCCAUUUGAGCCAGAUGAGAUCAUGUGGUCAUCAGUUCUUAACUCAUGUAGGAUUCAUAAGAACCAAGAAUUGGCUAAAAUUGCAGCUGAUAAACUUUUCAAAAUGGAGGAGCUUAGAGAUGCUGCCCCUUAUGUAAGCAUGUCAAACAUCUAUGCAGCUGCAGGCCAAUGGGAUAAUGUUGGGAAGGUGAAGAAGGCAAUGCGAGAUCGAGGAGUGAAGAAGGUUCUGGCAUCUAGCUGGGUUGAAAUUAAAAACAAAGUUCAUAUAUUCACAGCAAACGAUAAGUUGCAUCCUCAAAUGAAGGCAAUCAGGAGAAAGAUUGAAAUGUUGAUGAAGCAAAUGGAAAAGGAAGGGUAUAAACCUGAUACAAGCUGUGCCCUUCAUGAUGAGGAUGAGGAAUUGAAAAUAGAGUCGCUUAAAUAUCAUAGUGAGCGAUUGGCAAUUGCAUACGCACUAAUCAAUACACCAGAAGGGUCACCAAUCCUUAUAAUGAAGAAUUUAAGAGCCUGUACGGAUUGCCAUGCUGCCAUCAAGUUCAUCUCAAAAAUAGUCAAAAGAGAAAUUACAGUAAGGGAUUCGAGCAGAUUCCACCAUUUCAGAGAUGGGUUUUGCUCUUGUAAGGAUUAUUGGUGACUGAACUAACAUAUUCAUUUAUGUCUUCUUCAAUUCAACAAUUCGAAAUCAAACAAAAUGAAAACUUCAUAAUUCAACA